AUGACGCUGAAGGCGAGCGAAGGCGAGGGCGGAGGUGGCAUGCGCACGGCGCUCUCGGACCUCUACCUGGAGCAUUUGCUGCAGAAGCGCAGCCGGCCAGAGGCUGUGGCCCCACAUUUGGAUGCUGGGACUGAGGACAUGUACACCAACGGAUCUGCUGCUCCAGGGAGCCCAGCCAAAGGGCAGGAGGUGCGGAGAGUCCGCCUCAUACAGUUUGAGAAGGUCACAGAGGAGCCUAUGGGAAUCACUCUGAAGUUGAAUGAAAAACAGUCCUGUACAGUGGCCAGAAUUCUUCAUGGAGGCAUGAUUCAUAGACAAGGCUCACUUCACGUGGGGGAUGAGAUCCUAGAAAUCAAUGGUACCAAUGUGACGAAUCACUCAGUUGAUCAGCUCCAGAAAGCAAUGAAAGAAAUCAAAGGAAUGAUUUCAUUAAAAGUAAUUCCGAACCAGCAAAACCGGCUUCCUGCACUACAGAUGUUUAUGAGAGCACAGUUUGACUAUGAUCCUAAAAAGGACAACCUAAGGUAA